AUGAAAUCUAUUAUCGCACUUUUCUUCCUUUUGGCUGUGCUUUGCACUUCCACCUUUGCAACUCCAAUGGAAAAACCUCCAAAGGACCUCAAGUUUGACGUUCCUGAUAAUUCAGACAACCCAUUCCCGGAACCUCAAUUGUUGCCAUACAACACCAGCGAUUGUAGCUUUCCUACUGACCCUCAAACUAGGAUGUUAGAACAAUGUCUAACCGUAUGUUUACUCGAUCCAACUUGCCAAACGCUCGGUUUUAACAGAACUGAGAUAGGUUGCGCAUGCCCUGCUCAAUACUGCCCUGACGGCAAGCUUUACGGAUUCCCAGCUUAUACAAAAGGUGAACCAUUGACACCUGAAAAGAUUGCCAAGCAACCUCACGUCAAAGCACCUUGCUUCGGAUGUGUAGGCUCACAAGUCUCGCCAAACGGAACUCAAAUUGGUGAUUGUUCAUCAAGAUGUUCUUCUACAACAAAGAUUUAUCAUCCUAAUCAAGAUCCUGCAAGUUCAAAUCCUAAUUUGGAUCCUUCCGUUUCCAGAUCAAACCAAGGUGGUUCAGGUAGUGAUUCUGAUCCAAAAACUGUUACUUAUAAGCCAGAUGACUAUGCACCUACUUGCUUGAACCCUGCUAUUUCAGAAGGAGGCAAAUCCAACAACUAA